CCACUACUGACAACUAAAGUGACCACCCCCUCCCUCCCUCCACAAAUUAAAUAAAAACAAGAAGCGCUUUGCUGUGUUGAGGACAAUCAUCCACUGGACUGACCGACUGACUGACUGGUAAAAGAAUUUGGCUGCGGAAGCCAAGCCAUCCAUCCCCCCAUUGGCAAAUGGCAAUGGCGUUGAGUUUGCAGUUCCAAAUCAAGAAAAUGGCAACUACUGCUGUCUUCGUGCUUCUCCUACUUUCAACUAUGUGUCGACACACCCACCAGCAGCAGCAGCAGUCGCCCAUCAAGACUGUGGUGGUUUUGGUCCUGGAGAACAGGUCUUUCGAUCACAUGCUGGGAUGGAUGAAGUCGUCCGUGAAUCCCUCCAUCAAUGGGGUCACCGGAAAAGAGUGCAACACACUGUCAACGAACCCCAACUCCUCUUCUUCAACCGAAAGAAUCUGCUUUUCCGACGAUGCUGAGUACGUGGAUCCAGAUCCAGGCCACUCCUUCGAAGCUGUUGAGCGCCAGGUCUUCGGGUCCACCUCAACAAUCCCUUCAAUGUCUGGCUUCGUGGAGCAAGCAUUCACCAUGUCCGCUAACCUAUCCCGCACCGUUAUGAAGGGAUUCAGGCCUCAAAAUCUCCCCAUCUAUGCCUCUUUAGUCAGUGAAUUUGCUGUGUUCGACAGGUGGUUUUCAUCGAUUCCUGGCCCAACCCAGCCCAACAGGUUGUUUGUGUACUCCGCCACUUCCCAUGGCUCCACAAGCCAUGUGAAGAAGCAAUUGGCUAAAGGGUACCCGCAGAAGACCAUCUUUGAUUCCCUCCAUGAAAAUGGGUUGGAUUUUGGGGUUUAUUUCCAGAACAUUCCCACCACAUUGUUCUAUAGGAAUCUGAGGAAGCUCAAGUACAUAUUCAAGCUCCAUCCUUAUGAUUUGAAGUUCAAGAAAGAUGCUAGGAAUGGGAAGCUGCCCAGCUUGUCUGUGAUUGAGCCUAGGUACUUUGAUUUGAAGGGCAUGCCCGGGAACGACGAUCAUCCAUCCCACGAUGUUGCCAAUGGACAGAAGUUAGUGAAGGAGGUCUACGAGGCUUUGAGGGCUAGCCCUCAAUGGAAUCAGACGCUUCUGAUCAUUACAUACGACGAACAUGGUGGGUUCUAUGAUCAUGUCCAAACCCCUUAUGACAAUGUCCCUAAUCCGGAUGGGAACACCGGCCCUUCCCCUUAUUUCUUUAAGUUUGAUAGGCUCGGAGUUCGAGUGCCUACGAUCAUGGUGUCACCUUGGAUCAAGAAAGGGACUGUGAUAAGCAAGCCUAAUGGGCCGACACCCGAAUCUGAGUACGAGCAUUCUUCUAUCCCCGCCACCAUCAAGAAGAUGUUCAAUCUUUCAUCCAAUUUCUUGACUCACCGCGAUGCUUGGGCUGGCACGUUCGAGCAAGUUGUUAGUGAAUUAACAUCUCCAAGAACUGAUUGCCCCGAGGUAUUACCUGAUGUGGCACCUCUACGAAGAGGUGAGGCAGACGAAAACAGGGGACUAUCGGAGUUUCAAGGGGAGGUUGUCCAGUUGGCUGCCGUUCUUAACGGGGACCAUUUUUUGAGCAGCUUCCAGGAUGAGAUGGGGAAGAAGAUGAACGUGAAGGAAGGAUAUGAAUAUGUAAGGGGCACCGUUUCGAGGUUCAUUAGAGCUAGCAAAGAAGCGAUCAAGUUGGGUGCGGAUGAGUCGACCAUUGUGGACAUGAGGUCCUCUUUGACCACUAGAUCAAAAUCUGAUCAUCCUUCCACAACUAGAACCUAGAUCCAUCCACCCAUCCAUCAAUUUUAGUUUUGGCUAAUGCUGAGUAGUGAGUGAGUGAGUGAAGGAAGACUUGGGUUGUAGAGGAAAAAAUGAAAACAAAAAGAGUUCUUUUAAGCUCAAAGUGUAGUUUGUGUUCAUGUAUGUAUGUAUCAGUGACUUACUGAGUAUGAAGAUGAUCGGAUUGUUCUUUC